AUGAUGAAAACAUUGAUCGCAAUGAUGUCUGUCGUGGUUGUGAUGUCCGCCCAACCCAUCACUCAAUCCAACGAUCAUUUGGAGACAAUCGCCAACCAAUUGAUGCAAUCGAUUGGUUUAGAGUUGAGUGGAAAUCACACUUUGAAUGCAUUUCUCGUGAAAACUGAUGCCUCGAAAAGACGUCAAAAUGAAGUGCAAAGUAAUGAAGAAGUGGUGGUAUUGGAGGGCAUCGGAAGUAUUGGCGCAACCAUUGUGUCCGUGAGAAGAGGCAAGAGUUCAGUCACUGUUACCAAUGCCUAUGGUUUGGGUGCCGGCGCUGUCCUCGACAUCACUGCCGAGAGGAAUGGUAUCCAAAGACAAGUGGAUGAGAGCCAGAGAUUGAAACAAUUAACUCAACCUUUAUAUGACAAAUACGUGAAAUCAGUUGAGGAGAAGAAGUCGAGUGAAGACGACAUUGUGGUUGUCAUCGAAGGCGGGAAAGCGGGGGAAGAGGUGAUCGCCACCAAAGAGGGUUAUCUCAUAGCUAAAGGCGCCGUCGGAUUCAAAUUGGGAUCAAUUACUUCAAUAACAAAAAGCCAAUAAUUAUUUUAAUUAAUUAUUUAUUUAAUUGAUCUUAAAAUAUAUAAAAUUAAUUGUUUUGGAUUUGUGACGA